GCGGGACGCAGGGCGGAACGUUCGAGCCGGGUGACGUUUCUCCACGGACACUUUAACAACGGACCGCAGCUGAAGGCCUGCCGACAUGGAAGUGAAAAACGCCAACGCUGCCAUGCUCAGUAACUACGAGGUGUUCAAGCUGCUGACGGACCUGAAGGAGCAGAGGAAGGACAGCGGGAAGAGCAAACACAGCGCCGGGCAGCAGAACCUCAACACCAUCAUGUACGAGACUCUGAAGUAUCUGUCCAAGACGCCGUGCAGCCGCCAGAGUCCAGACGUCGUCAAGGACUUCCUGACCACCAUGAUGCCGCACAAACUCACCAAAGCAGAGAAGCUGCAGUUAUUGAACCACCGGCCUCAGACUGCAGUGGAGAUCCAGCUGAUGGUGGAGGAGAGUGAGGAGCGUCUGUCUGAGGAGCAGAUCGAGGAGCUGAUCCAGAGCGUGGCUGACCUCCUCCCCGGAGACCCGGAGCAGGAGAACGCCGCUCCAGCAGACGGCGAGGAGAUGGAAGAAGCUGCUGAGCAGUCGUGACAGAACGGGACUGUUUAUUCAUCAGUGAGCAUCAAGCAGACUGAAGAGACGCCUCGCUGGGACUAAAAGGACCUGAUGACCUCAUUAAAUGAUUCACGUUAAGGUGAAUUAUAUCAUUAUAUAAUGUCUGCUCUUACAUACAACAUGCACACGCUGUCAUUAGUGCAGUUUAUAGACUGUGAGUCACAGAUUUCUUGUUUUGCUCUAAUUUGUAUUUCACAUCCGAUGAUGUUCCUGCAGAGACGGUGUGUGUGUGUGUGUGUGUGUGUGUGUGUGUGUGUGUGUGUGUGUGUGUGUGUGUGUGUGUGUGUGUGUGUGUGUGUGUGUGUGUGUGUGUGUGUGACUCAGUGUUGUUCUGUGUGUAGAGAUGAGGCUGUGAUAUCAGUCAGUCAUGUAAUUAAACUUUGUUGCAGCACUAACUGACUGUUAUUAGAGCUUGUUGUCAUUCCAGCCUGUUUGCUCCACUAGAUACAGCAAAACUUUGCACUUUCUACUUAGAUUGAUGCAUUUUUGCAUGAAUAUGAUACACCAAUGCUUCACCGUGUCUCUGUUAGGAGUUAGUGACGGCCAGACGGAGUAUAAAGUAUAAAGUGUCUGUUAAGGAGGACGAGUCAAACAAACCCAGGACUUUCACCAAAAGACGUAAAAAGACCAAAAAUGACAUUCAAGACCAAGACUAGAUGUAAAAUGACUAAAAGAGAUACAAUGAUCCAAAAAAGGCACAAAAUGACAAAAAAAAUGGUAAAAAAUUACCCAAAGAAAGACGUAAAUAUCCAAAAAAAAGGUGUAAAAUGACCCCAAAAAACAUGUAGAUAUAUUUUAAAAAAAAGGUGUAAAUAUCCCCCCAAAAAAGACCCAAAAAAAGAUACAUAUACAAAAAAGAUACAAAAUGACCACAAAAAAGACGUAAAAAUAAAUAAAAAAAUUACAAAAUGACCAUGUAAAAAAAGACGAAAAUAUAUAUUAAAAAAUGACAAAAAAAAAAGAUCAAAAUGAAAAGCAGAAAGUGUCAGUUAGGGUGGACGGAUCAAACAAACCCAGGAUUUUCACCAAAAGACAUAAAAAGACCAAAAAUGACAUUCAAGACCAAGAAUAGAUGUAAAAUGACUAAAAGAGAUACAAUGAUCCAAAAAACGGCACAAAAUGACAAAAAAAAUGGUAAAAAAUUACCCAAAGAAAGAUGUAAAUAUCCAAAAAAAGGUGUAAAAUGACCCCAAAAAAACACAUACAUAUACAAAAAAAGAUACAAAAUGACCACAAAAAAGACGUAAAUAUAAAUAAAAAAAUUACAAAAUGACCAUGCAAAAAAAGACGAAAAUAUAUAUUAAAAAAUGACAAAAAAAAAAGAUCAAAAUGAAAAGCAGAAAGUGUCAGUUAGGGUGGAGGGAUCAAACAAAACCCAGGAUUUUCACCAAAAGUCAUAAAACGACGUAAAAAAACAACGUUCAAGACCAAGGCCAUGAAAUGAUCAAAAGAGAGACACAAUUCCCCCAAAAAAUAUUCAUCUUAUUCUCGUGGUCUAGUGAUGAAAAAGUAAACAAACAUCACCAUAAAACUAAAUGUGAAAAAUAAUUGACCAAAAAAAAAGACGUGAAUAUAAAAAAAGUUACAAAAUUACAAACGAGACGUAAAUAUAAAAAAGGUCAAAAUUGACCAAAAAAAAGACGUAAAUAUCCCCAAAAAAGUACAAAAUGGCCAAAAAAGACAUACAAUUAUAAAAAGGUACAAAAUUUUUAAAAAGACAUAAAUAUCCCAAAAAAAGGCCCCCAAACAAGAUGUAAAUAUACAAAAAAGGUACAAAAUGACCCAAAAAAGAUGUAAAAUUAAAAAAAAAAUACAAAAUGACAAAAAAAGACAUAAAUAUACCAAAAAAGGUACAAAAUGACCCAAAAAAGACAUAA